CAGGGUGGCAGGUGGGCUGAGGGAGGGCUGGCAGCCUGCCAACCACAGCCUCCCAUUCUCUUCUCUACCCGGCUGUGGUCACAAAGUAACCAUAAGGCUGUGGCGAUCCUAGGAGCUGAGAAUGCCCCAGGUUCUGGAACAACCAGAUGGCCGAUGGGCCUGGGUAGUCCUGCUGACUUGUAUGGUCGCCCAGGCCCUCACCUUGGGCUUCCCUUCCUGCAUCGGCGUCUUCUUCACUGAUCUGCAGCGUGACUUCCAGGCCACCAACAGUGAGACCUCAUGGUUUCCCUCUAUCAUGGGGGCCAUGCUCCAUGGUGGGGGACCCCUGUGCAGCAUCCUGAUAAAACGUUUUGGCUGCCGAGUCACCAUGAUGCUGGGAGGCAUGCUGUCUAGCCUGGGCAUGGUGGCCAGCUCCUUCUCUGGCUCGCUCAACCAGCUCUUCCUCACAGCAGGAUUGAUCACAGGCCUGGGCAUGUGUUUCAGCUUCCAGUCAAGCAUCACAGUGAUGGGCUUGUAUUUUGUCCGCCGCCGGCCCCUGGCCAAUGCCCUGGUCUCCAUAGGCAACUCUCUGGGUGUCACUCUCUGGCCGCUGCUGGCACGAUACCUUCUGGAAACACUGGGCUGGAGAGGCGCCUUCCUCAUCUUUGGUGGCAUCCUUCUUCACUGCUGUGUAUGUGGAGCCAUCCUGAGGCCCGUUGCCACCCACGUGGCCUCUGAGCCCAAAGAGGAUCCCCCUCCAUCUCCCAAGACACCUACGCGCAGCUGCCUGGCAACGUGCGUCUCAACCAUCCGGUACCACCUGGCCUUGGACCUCCUUCGGCACAAUAUGGGCUUCUGCAUAUAUGUAGUGGGUGUGACGUGGAUGACGCUAGGCUUCCCACUGCCACAUAUCUUCCUGGUGCCGUACGCCAUGCACCACGGGGUGGACCAGUAUUGGGCGGCCAUGCUCAUGUCAGUCGUCGGCUUCUGCAACAUCUUUUUGCGGCCGGUGGCGGGGCUACUGGCAGGCAGGAAGAGUUUGGCUGCCUACCGGAAGUAUCUGUUCACCGCGGCGAUCCUUGUCAACGGGCUCACCAACCUAAUAUGCACAGUGUCGGCUGACUUCUCGGUGCUCCUGAGCUAUUGCCUGGUGUACAGCCUGUCCAUGUGCGUCAUCGGGAUCCUCAUCUUCGAGGUCCUCAUGGACACUGUCCCAAUGGACCGGUUCCCCAGUGCGCUGGGCCUCUUCACUGUCUUAUGUGGCGUGGCUUCUCUCAUCUCUCCACCACUGGCUGGGCUCCUGCUGGACAUGACCAACAACUUCAAGUCCAUUUUCUACGCCUCAAGCUUCUUGCUCAUCUCAGCCUCCCUCUUCAUUGGCGGGGGCUUCUACGCCGAGGAGAAGAAGAAGAAGAAGAAGAAGAAGCUGAAGCAAAAUGGGCAAGCCAAGGUGGAAGAUACCAUCUCGGAGUCUGCCCCAAUGCAGGGUCUUAGCUCAGAAGACAAGGACGGUGCCAGGAAGCAACUGUGCCCUGAAAGCAUAUGCUACGUGACCAGUGUCUGAACUCCAGAGGUCACAUGUGACCUGCCUCCAAGCUGAGCUCUGGGGUCCGUGAGAGACCUUCCUUCCAGGAAGCAGAGUGUAGAAAUGGGCCUUCCUGGCCUUCUUCCUUGGGUCCCAAGAAGAUGGAUCUGAGUCCUACGUGAGCAGCUAUGCCUGGCUCAUCUGUGCUGUCUCUCACAGUUGCUCCUACCUGACACCAUAGGUCUUCCCACCCAGCCUUCCUGUGUCAACUCUCUUCGUCCUCCCUGGCCUCCAGAGAAUUUUGAAGAAUUUUCCUUUCUUCCAAGAACUUUCUCCUCUUCUCUUCCCAAAUAAUCAGCCCUGACCCCUUAGGUCAGGAAGAUUAAGGGAGUUGCUUCAAGAGGUGGAGCCUCACGUUGACUGAAGCCAUAGGAGAGGCAGAGAUGGAGGGUCGGGAUGAGAACAUGGCCUCAAUACAGGAUGUGGUCAAACUGGCUGUUUGGUGGCGCUCUGGUCCUAACACCUCUGGAGAGGAAACUGCUGUCUUGCAGGGCUCCUCCUGCUUGGGCCUCAGAAUUUAUGAAGUCUGAGGAGUCUUCUGCCAUCAAGCAGGGCCUGAACCAGCAUCUUCUCUUUUACCCCACUCUGUAUCCACAUAGGGAAAGGCAGACAUUUGACUGACCAAGAGGCAGGAAGGCCGGCCGGCUAGGCAGCCUACAGGACACUGUAAAACUGGGCUUGAGCAAACAGUAGCCUGUGCUCUGUUCUUGGCCUUCUGAGGUUCCCCUUUCAUGGGGAUGUGUUGGAGGUAUCAACCCUGAGGCAGUCGCGGGCUAAAUCUGCCGCGGUUGUUGCUAGCCUGACCCCGAGGAGUUAUGCCCACAUAGACACUUCUGUGCUGCCCUCUGAGGUCAGCACACAGGGCUGUCUGUCAUCAGCCCAGGCUUGUUCCAGCAGGGCACUCCAGGGAAUGGGAAAACAGACUGUUUGAAUUAUACACAAAAACAUUCCCUGCAGGCAGCGGGUCAUAAACUCUGAACUAAU